GAUCCUCAGGGAGCGCGAAACGCUGUGACAGUAUCUGUGUCCUUUGACCUGCCGCCGUCAGCUAGAUUAUCGCAGGUGAGGCAUUAAUCUUUGAUAAACAAGUGGACAAUUAGUGAGUGUUAAAACAAGUUAACGUCGCGAGCUGUCAGCCCAACGACACAAGCUCAUGUGUGUCAGAUCGCUAAUAACACUGUAGUAUCGAUCCGGCCUCGGUAUCAUGUGACCCAGCUCUGACGCUCCAUUGGAUAACACCGCAAGGAAUCUCGAUCUAUUCUAAACAUUCGUCGAUGUGGUACAUUCACAAAAUACUCGAGAUGUUUUGAGGUGAGUGUGGGAAUGUUAGCGGGUGGAACGUAUAUGUACCCCGCAAGGACACUGUUAUUUCAUCUGGCAUUUUUUGGUAAGAUUGAGACGGUAAACAACGACCAUGCUGAUGGCAAGGACUGACUGGUUAACAGAACACACUGUAUAUGUGUAUGUAUGUAGUGUAUACCUGUGUUGUGCCGGUAGGUACAAAUUACAGUAAGGAGAUCAGUGAAGUGUGUCCAGUUGACAGAUAGGAGAAAACAGCAUGGAGAACUGGGCUACUAACACAGGCACGGGGACCACGGUGGGGGCUGACGGGGCAUUCGAAAGGUUCCUCACGGCCGCUAUAGCUACAAUAAUAACCAUCAUGUUUUCUUGGAGGCUUUUAGUUGAAAAUGGUGAUGAGAACGGUGAUGUGAGUGCAUAUCAAAUUCGUCAACAUUUGCUUGCAGUGCAGGGUGCGACGGGUGGUGGCCCGCCCAGUGACCCGGAAGAGCAAGGUGACAGCGACGGGAGCAGACAUCAGGGACCCCAUGGAGUACCCAUACCCGUCAGUAAUCAGAGAUCACAUAUGACCUCAGGUCACGAUGUAAUGGAAUGUAAACACGAGAGUCAGUCACAUUCUUCACAGUCAACUUAUAGAAUGUCCGGACAUAACGUACCCCCAAUGGACGAGGACGAAAAUCAGACAGCACAGUCCGUUGGUGCCCAUAGAGAGGAGGUGAAUGAAUCUGAUGGGGAUGAGCAGCCUGCAUGGGGGUACAAUAAUUGGGAGGAGGAUGCUUACUGGAAUAUAAACACGCGGAGAAAACCCAAAGACUUCAUGACGUCAAAUGUGAGGACCAGGUCCGAAUCCUCGGACCAGAGUUAUACGGGAGGAUCGGAUAGCAGUGACCCCGAUGGAGGGGGUGUCGUUACGACGUCUGAGGGUGAGGACGAGCAGUAUGUGAACCGCGAGUACCGCAGCAUAGUGGAAAAUGACGGUUAUACUAACAUAAUGGGAGACAAAAGUAGUGAUAGUGAAACUAGUGACAGUGAGGAGGGCGAGUACGAGCCCCCCAUGAUCGAUUCCGAUGAUGACGACGAUGCAAAUUAUUCGAAUGCUUUGGAGCCUAUUAUAGAGGAAGAUUCAGAUGACAUGUGUGCUAGCGAGGAUGAAUCAAAUGAUGAAAAUGACGAAGGUAAGAGAAACUUUGGAAACAAUGACAAUGCAUAUGUGAAUGAAAACAGUGAUCAAAAUACGUAUGACAAAACACCAAAUUCUGGUAUUUCAAGCGAUGUUGGAGAUAAAGUCAAUGACACCGUCAACGAUCAUCGCGGAAAUGAAGGUGAUAACGAUGAAACUCGGACAGGUAUAAAUAAAACUGACGAGGGGACGGAUGUAGAUUCGCCUGUAUGUGUCAUACACGCUGAGUUAAACAGGCGUGAUCCAUCAUAUCCCGCGGAUAUACCUGUCGUACCUGGAGCAGACGACACCAGCUCAGACCACGUGGAUUUGUUUACAUCUCGGCGCGAAGGCCCGGGGCCCGCCAUUGUUAAUGUGAUUGAAGGGGAGAGGUCACGGGUUGGUGACACCGAACAUUGUAUGAAUGAAAGCCGCGUUCCAAAGCUUGACAUUAAUAAACAUCACUGUAGGGAUCUGGAUUUAAACCCACCAGCAGACGACAGUAGCAUUGCCGAAUCGCCCGUACGUACGUGUGCGGUCGAGGAUAUAUUUGAUGGUUAUAUUUCGGACGAGUCUUGUAGUAGUGCUUCUGUUGUGACUGUCGUCAGUGUAGAUGUUGAUGACGAUGAGGACGGGGAAUUAAAUCAAAACAGAUCAACGGAUCGUACAUUACUUGGAUCUGGAGGUCGCGGGGAGCCUGGGGAUUAUCCCAAACAGGAACAUCCAAUAGGCAGCUUAAGUGACGACGACGACAAUGCAUCAGACUCAAAUUCCGAGGAUUGUUAUGAUGGAGACGAAAAUUGUGUUGAAAAAAGUGAUUCUGUGAUACACAUUCCCCAGUUAGUGGAGUCAGAAUGGGCAGAAAUCGAGACAAAUAACAAUCGUCAGCCGACUGCGGGAUUAAAGGACGGUGUCAUUGAUAUCGACUUUAUAGAGGAGGACAAUGGGCAAAAAACACAGGAAUUCACUUACGGCGAUUUUAUUACAGAGAUUAAAGUAACAAAUGAGGAAUUAUUACCGCCUACAGGUGAGGUACAUGAAACCCCAAACUCUACACUAAUUGUAGGUAUAAAACACCCUACCACAGAGGAAUCUGCCCUACGAACAGAAGGAGACACCGAUCGGGACCCCAGUGAUAGGGUGGAUAAGGACGGUGCAGGCACCGGUAACACACUCUCCGACGACGAAAUGUUCGCUCUGUCCCAAUUAGCUAGCAUCCCUGAGGAGGGUGAGGACCCCGUUGAGGACGAUGGCGAUACUGAUCAAGACCCACGUGACCAGGAAUCUUACUCAGGCGGCAAAUUCAGUGAUCCAGACUCUGUCAACUUUACUCCAUUAGGACAAGAAUGUGUCGAACAGCUGGAAAGUGUCAACACAAGCAUUCCCGAGAGCAGCAAUGUCAGUGUUAUAAGUUACCAAAACAUUGAUGAGGAUGAGGAUGAGUUUACGGUUUCAUCGAUCCCAGACACAAAUGUUGAUACUGUGCCACGUUUUCAAAACAUAUCGACGAAUAUAGAGGAUUACGUCAACAGCUCUGACGAUGACGUAGAACCACGUGAGUACAAUCCUUAUGAAGACGACUUUGCCGAGUUUGAAUUUGAUCAUGAUUCCGAUGAGGACUCUUUCUUUCUUGUGAUGGGUGAUCAAAGUCACCUUCGGAAAUUGGACACGGUGACAAAUCUGGACGCGCUUGGUCUGAAUCCUUCUAAUGACGGGUACGACGUUCAGCCAGGUGAGGACGGCAAGUCUGUGGUAUUUACAAAGACAGAGGAGGUUUAUACUGAUCACCGUGUUAGGUACUUCACAGAGGACAGGGUUCCAAGUCCGACAGAAACUUACAUUCACAAUACAAUUAAUGAACAGGACGAAUAUGCUCCGAAUGAGCAUGUAACAGAUACCGGAAGUAUUACCAAUGGAGUUGUAGAAACAGAUGUGCCGUGUGUUAUGAAUGGUGUGAACGGUGUACACGGAGACAAACCACACGUUUCCGAGGAGGAUUUGUCAGAUAGAGACCUGAUACCAGAUGCCAUUGAUCGGUCGGCGUGCAAUAGAUCGGGCUCUCUGAUAAGAGACAAUGACAGAGAAAACGAUUCUGACUUCAACAAAAGUUUAAAAAAUGAUUUAUUGUUUGAGCACAACCAACUCGAGCAGUCAAAGGGAAUUAGUGCGAGUCUAGAUAAUACGCAGGACAUGUCGGACAAUGAUCGCACGAGUGACUCUCACUCAGACCUCAGCUCAGCUGAUAUGACAGGAAGUGGUGAUAUACGCAUGCGUAGUCUGCAGGAGAAUGUGAUAGAACAAAGUUCUCGAGAAAGUUUGGACGAAGCAUUGCAUAUAGAUGAGGAACAAGACUCCGGGAUACAGUGCAAUAGUUUUUCUCCUAAUCAAAGUGGAUUAUCUCCGGAUAAUAGACAAUUUAGUGUCGUAACAGAUGUCUGUCCACAAGGAAUUGAAUCUCGUAACGCAAGUGGUAGCUGUGAUGAUGUAUCUACCGUGGAGUUGUUUAUCAAUGAGAGUGAUUUGAAUAUCGACCAAACAGAACAUGACCAGGGAAAUCAUACGAAAGUUCAUGGGCAACACAAUGAAACCGAUUUAAGCAUUGUACCGGCAUUGAUGUCAACAAUCGAAACUCGGGAGUCUGUUAUUGACGAUAUUUCGACGUUAUGUCGUCCAAAGGAGACUGUGAUCGACGAUAUUUCACCGUCAAAUCGUCAAAUGGAGACUGUGAUCGACGAUAUUUCAUCGUCAAACCGUCAAAAGGAGACUGUGAUCGACGAUAUUUCACCGUCAAAUCGUCAAAUGGAGACUGUUAUCGACGAUAUUUCACCGUCAAACCGUCAAAAGGAGACUGUAAUCGACGAUAUUUCACCGUCAAACUGUCAAAAGGAUACUGGGAUCGACGAUAUUUCACCGUCAAAUCGUCAAAAGGAUACUGGGAUCGACGAUAUUUCACCGUCAAACUGUCAAAAGGAUACUGUGAUCGACGAUAUUUCACCGUCAAACUGUCAAAUGGAGACGGUUAUCGAUGACAUAUCACCGUCACAUCGUCAAAUGGAGACUGUUAUCGAUGAUAUAUCACCGUCCAAUCGUCAAAUGGAGACUGUUAUCGAUGACAUAUCACCGUCAAAUCGUCAAAUGGAGACUGUUAUCUAUGAUAUAUCACCGUCACAUCGUCAAAUGAAGACUGUUAUCGAUGAUAUAUCACCGUCACAUCGUCAAAUGGAGACUGUUAUCGAUGAUAUAUCACUGUCACAUCGUCAAAUGGAGACUGUUAUCGAUGACAUAUCACCAUCAAACCGUCAAAAGGAGACUGUGAUCGACGAUAUUACACCGCCGCCGACUGUAAUCGAUCAGGUGUUUGCUCCAAACAGUAAACAAGAAUACAUCAGAGAGACUAAAACGCCGAAGGAAACCGUCAUUGACGAUUGUUCAAACCCGCAAUAUAGAAAAGAAACUGAUAUAGACAAUAUAUUUCCUUCAAUACGCGAACAAGAAGAGCCUGCCAUGCACGAUCGGUUACCUACAUACAAUACAAAAGAAACUGCCAUCGACGACGUGUCGCCUUUAUCAUUGAGGAGAGAAACAGUCUCAGACGAUAUUUCACCUUCAAAACAAUCUACUAUUAAUGAAACAAUCAUCGACGAUAUAUUGUCCUCAAACCGAUCCAUUGCAUCUUCGGUUGAAUAUAUUUCACCACAAACAGUCAAAACACAAUCUCCAGUGAAUCUGACAAGGGAGACGGACAUAAUUCCGAAGGCUGAGAUACGCAAUCUUGUUGUUGAUGACGUGUCGACUUCGCUGCCGAUUGCGACUAAAUGUGAAACAAAACAUGAAUCUGUUAUUGGUGACCCCGCAGGAUCAGACGUGAUUAAUUCCAGUACAUUGGACGACCUUGAAAGUGCAAUAGCUCCGUGUAUAGAGCAGUACACAAAGUCAGUGAAUUCUCCUACUAAACUUCAGCCGGAAGUAGACCAUGAACGGUCUUCAACAGAAAAAGUUGAAAAACAAGAAAAAGCGACGGAUUCAGAUGCAUCCAACGAAUACAAACAUAUUCCAGUUGUGCCAACGUUUGGUUGGGUUGUUCGAACGUCUGUUGUUAGUCCUUCCGGGUUAAAGGGUAUAAAAGCGAAAAUCAGUAAACAACAGGAACGUUCGCGCGUUCGCAAACCUGAGCAAUACAAAUCCGUGCUCACUGAACCUGUUGUGAUAAACCCUUCUCCACCGGUCGUACGGACACCCGACAAAAAUCCGCUACCCGUUAUUCGCCAAAAGAUCAUGUCCUCUCGACACCGCUUUCUCAGUGCUGAUAAUCUGACGGACAACGUGAGCUCGCAGUUCGAGCACUUCAAAAUGUCCGUGUCUAAAACGCCGACGAGACAACGUAUUUAUACGCGUCGCGAGACAACGCCAGCUCAAAAAACUCGCCGCAUAUUGAGCUUUGAGCGUGUAGAUAAUCUAAGCAGUAUGCAUUCCCCGCGGCACAAUAGUGACGACUCGUUCGAAAAACCCGCGUUCGACACCCUUCACAAAGACUGUAUGUUCUCGGCUCAUAAACACAAAGAAAUACAAAAAACCACAGAAUCUAUAGAUCAAUUACACGAACCUUUGCUCAGUUAUGGGUCUGUUUCGUCAUUGGUGGAAACAGAUAUUGACUCUGGUGAAACGUUUGAAACAUUUUUCCUUCACGAAACUGACGUUGAUAUGUUUGGGUUUCAGCAUAUACCUUUACAAAGAACUGCAAGCAUGAGUGACAUGAUAACGUCAAGAAAUCUGGAAGAACAAAAGGUGAGGAAGGGUCGAUUCGCCGACCGAAACAUGCCAAAGUCUAAAAGUCUCAUGGCGUUGGAAACGGACAUCGACGAGGAAGUUGAGGGAGACGGAAGUCUUAAGCGUGUGCCGUCUAUACACGAGAUUCGCGUUGCUAAAUCUCUACAGAAGCUUAACGUCCCUGAUUGGUACAAAAGGUCGAGUGUUUCGCGGAGCGGAAGUACGUAUAGUCUUUUCUCUGAACGACGAGACUCGACGUCAACACUCAACUCCAUAGGGUAUGCAAUGUCCACAACGUCAUGUCCUUGUCCCUCUAUUAGUCCCACUUCCGGUGCUGUCGUGAUAAAGACCAGAGUUACACCGUCGAGUGCAAAUAGGUUUCUUCGUGCACCUAAACUCCCUGUUACGCCGGAAAAAUCCCCAUUGCCCCCCAUGAACUUCCGAUUACCUAGUGACAGAUUACGGAAAAAAGAAAAAUCUAAAGAACUCAUGCCGAUACCGGUCGUGCCUUUCUCACAACUAAGACUUAUGUUUGAAACUGGUAAAAAGAAGACAUCACCCGUAAAAAAAUCUCCUAGUACCAAAUCUGAAAAAAUAUCUCCUCUUCCGUCACCUGAUGUACCAGAUCACCCUGCUACGUCUCCAGUGACAUCAUCAGCUCCCCAUCCAAUACUCAAGGUGACACACGCUGACCAACCGCCAACGAAUGGUACCACAACAGGCAGUAGGGAUGAAGAGAGCAGAGUGAAAAAUGGUCGCGUGCGAAUUAGUGAACCUGAGGUUACAAAUGUCAAACCGGUUCCUCCAGAAAAACCGGCGUCUUUGACUAAUAAGGAAGCCAGCCAAGAAAAGCCAACUACGCCGACGAAAAAGGGAUUCUUCUCUCAUUUUAAAAAACAGAAAAGUUCCUCUAUAAAGUCGGCACCGGUAGCGCCACCUGUGGAGCCAGAGAAACUCAAACCGUCCAUCAAACCGCCUGUCCCCGCAAAACCCGUCAAGAGUAGGAAAGAGGAGGUUAACAGUUCGUCUGUCGAAACUACAGUGUAACCAUACAAAGGCCUAUGCUGAAAUGGAAACUUCAACGUUACCACUGAAACGGUGCUUUGUGUAAGCAUGAGCUGCGAUGUGACUACACGUGACAGUGGCUGCUUGCGAAUCAAAAACGAGGCGAAAAUCAACGUUAGAUCGAGGCUUGUGAGGUCACAACAAGCAAGCGUUCUCGUGGCGACGAUUCACCUGGGCGGAGACGGUAUAUCACGAGAGACACCAAUACAUAUCACUAACGAAUAAAAUGCCUUUGUGUUUUUGGAAUUACGUCAUCAUCACGUCAUUCUUGAACAACGGAUAUAUGUUUAUAAUGGAAAGGGGAUACAUGUGUAGACCGGAGGAAUAGAACGGCAGUGCAGCAUUUCGGAUAAAUAUUGGUGUAAUUAAGUUGCAUUAUUCAGAAUGGAAUAUAUUGGCCCAGGUUUCGUACAUGUGUGACAAAUGUGAGUCGGCAUUCAACUGACGAUUUAUUCAUUCUUUAAUUUCAAUUUGGUUGUUUGUGAUGCUGUUUUAUUAUUCUGCAGCUUAAGACAUGGACGUGCGGUUUAAGUCGGACUUCAACAGUUGGUAAGAUAUGUGUAUCAUUAUCUGUUGUCUCUAUUGUACCGUGGAACGCUUGCGUGUACCACAAUUUUCAAAGUAGGCUUGAAUUUCCCGCUAUGAACUACCAUAGUUGGCAUCCUUACAUCGUGAAACUUGAUGACAUCCACCAGGGGCCUGCGUCCUAGUAGUUAGAAGUGUGAUGCGACAGAACUGGAAACAAUAUUGUGAAAACGCCGUGAAAACGCCGAUUGUCAGGUGGACGAAAUACAUUGUUCUACACAUUUUAAUGUUCGUAUUAUUUAAGAAAAAGAGAUGUUUGAUAAUAUUUAUAUUUAAUAUGGACCCUUGAAACACAAUAAAUUAUACAUGAAAUUUUUAGUCUGAUAAAGGAUCAUUAUUGUAAA